AACCCGAAACACAGUAGAGCUCGCAAAUUUGUUUUGGGCCUGCCCUGUCCGUGCCGCGCGGGUUCCGCUGGAGCGCGCGCGCUGCCCACUGACCAUUGCCAAGACGUUCCAUUGCUGCGCCGCCGCCGCGGCUGAGUAGAGGCAGCCCACCGCCGAUUCAGCCUCUCGCUGCCGCUCGGUGCGCCGCGGAGCCGCCAUGCCGUCCGCACGGGUCAUCCCCGAGGACGUCCUCGACCUCAAGGCGCCCACGAAGAAGUUCCUCUGCCCCCUGACGGCGAACGAGUACGGGAUUGAGUUUUUGUCUUUUGUCAUCCAAGACUACAGGUCGAAAAAGACCAUCUUCGAGGUGAGUAGGGAUCGACCGUUACCGAUAGAUUUUUCGACGCACGACGCCUUGGAUCCUGAUAGUCUGAGGAAGAUCAACUAUGAGUUGAGUGAGGACUUUCUCAUGCUGCCGCAGAUUAGCACCACAUUAGUUUUCUCUGUCGGGCAAGAACCUCUCAAGGACUUCCGCAUGAUCGAGCGCCACUACUUCCGGGAUCGCCUGAUCAAGUCCUACGACUUUUCGUUCGGGUUCUGUAUCCCUGGUUCGACGAACACGUGGGAGGCGGUAUAUGCCUUACCGCCCAUGGACCCGGACCUCGUCAAGGACAUGAUCGACCACCCCUACGAGACGUCUUCCGAUUCAUUCUACUUCGUCGGCGACAAGCUGAUCAUGCACAACAAGGCGUUCUACAAGUACGUCCGGGAAGAUGCCUCCGCGCAGUGCAAGUCCUACGAGGCGAAGUACGGUAGUUCGUCGAAGGGCGAGGCCAAGGGCGCCAAGAACGCUUCUGGUGGUGCGAAGGCCGAGGCCAAGACGUCCGGCGGCGGCGCGGGCGGCGCCAAGGCCGAGGGCAAGAGCGACGCCUGGUCCAAGGAGACGGACUACUUCUAGGGUGCCGCGUGCCUGCCUAACUGCAGUCGGUAUUUUA